AUGACUUCCACACCCUUUGUACGGGCUCUGCGAUUGGAAGAUCCACCACACAAGUUUUCACCCCCGACGUUUGCAGUCUAUGAUGGAAAAACAUAUCCUGUAGCACAUAUUUCAACCUACACUCAUAAGAUGGUUCUUUGGGCAGGUCGAGACGGACUCAUGUGCAAAAUGUUUUCGUCAAGCCUCAGGAUAACAGCCAUGAAAUGGUUCCAUCAACUUCCAGAGAAUUCAGUUUCGUCUUGGAGAGAAUGGGCCCGGAUCUUCGUAGCAAGAUUCAUAGCAAAUAGUCGAGAUCAAGCAACAUUGGAUACGCUGUUUGCUUUACAUCUAAGGAGAGGAGAAUCACUCAGGGCUUACGCUGCCAGGUAUUCAGAUACCUAUGUGGAUAUAGAAGAUUGUGAUGAAAGGACCGCAGUGGCUACUUUUCGUCUCGGGCUCCCUCGUGAUUAUAAAUUGCGAGAGAGUUUGACGAUGGCUCCACCUAAGAGUAUGGUCGUGCUCCAGGACAGGAUUAAGCAAUACGUCAAAUUUGAAGAAGACAAACAGGGGGAUCGGCAGUUUGCUUCUCAAGAAGGGACAAAAAAAGAAAAUAAGAAAUUUGAAAAGAAGAACGGGAAAGAAAAGGAUUCGAAGAAGGAUCCAAAGUCCACUUCUUAUGAGGCUGUAAAAACAAUAUUUAAGGACCCAAUUUUCCGAAUUCUGCCAAAUAAGAUGUCAGGGGAUCCGUCCACUCGAAACCAGUCCAAAUGGUGUUCCUAUCAUAAAGACAAAGGCCACAGGAUAGAAGACUGCAGAGAGUUCAAACGGCAUUUGGAAGAAUUGGUUCAACAGGGGCAUCUUAAGGAAUUUAUUAACAAAGAGAAAACCGCUACCGAAAAGAAGGCAGCACCUCAGUCAAAGGAGUGGGGAGAACCUUCACACUAUGUGGUUAAUUUUAUUGAUGCAAUGGUACCGAACGCACAACUUGGUGAUGAGACAAGGCGAACGGAGUAUAAGAGGGUCCGACACCGACAAGAGGUAAUGCAAAUGGAUUUUAAUCCCCAUUUGGGAACAAAGAGACCAAGGGAGGCAACUGCACUCACUUUCACCAAGGAAGAUGCAACAUGA